AUGACGAACGCGCGCGGGAGCAAUUCGGCCGCCUCUGCGAGUACGACCAACUCGCAGGGCGUACUCAUGGUCGGCCCCAAUUUCAAGGUGAGUUUUUGAUAAAGUUUUCAUAAAAUCUCACAGAUCUAAUACAAAAAUUGUCCUUUUUUCCUAAGCGUUCUGGUCAGAUUUUACCAGAAUUCAACGGAAUGCUCUUUUUAUGUAGUAAAUAAGCUAUAUCUAGUCUAGACUAUCAAGUUGCUUUAUGGUCGUUUUGAGUCCAAGCGCAUUGGUGAAAAAUACAGAGAUAUAUUAUCUUUUCGUUCUGAAAAAUGAGCUCCAAUGACGUUGUUCCAUACUUAUUUUUCUCGAAAUAGUUCCUGUUUUCAGCUCAAAAUAGUUUUGACCUAUUGUAUUUGUCCGUACUUUCCCUAGAUCUAUGCGGGGGCAAUCUGCUCCAUUUGCUCAACGGAAAUUCGUCAAAAGACACAACGUUAUGAUGGAGAAAUGAUGAUUGAAUUAGCCCUUUCCCUCCCUCUCUCCUUUUCAGGGCUUCUGACAUGAUGAGUGAGAAACAUGGAUCAAUUUUUGAGGGGGGAGGUUGUUUAUAACGUCUGAGGCGGUCCGUCUUCGCUCACCUUGUUUUCUUGUUGUUAGGAAUCUGACUGCAUAACAUGCAUUCAGAUGCAAUUUUUGAUGUCGGCCGGAUGUAUUUUAGGGCCUAAACAUUUGACGUAUCUAAUCGGGAAAAGUAAUCAAUGAUAAUUGAUUUAAAGGUCGGAAAAAAGAUUGGAUGCGGAAAUUUUGGCGAACUUCGACUCGGAAAAAACCUAUAUAACAAUGAACACGUGGCAAUCAAACUGGAACCGAUGAAAAGUAAAGCACCACAAUUGCACCUCGAAUACAGAUUUUACAAAUUACUCGGACAAGCAGGUAUUCAACGAAUGAGCGGCAGAAAGCGUUACGCUGAUAGAUUCUCUUCCAGAGGGACUCCCACAAGUGCACUAUUUUGGUCCCUGUGGCAAAUACAAUGCACUUGUCAUGGAGCUACUCGGUCACUCACUCGAAGAUCUUUUCGAUUUGUGCGAUAGGCACUUUUCUCUCAAAACAGUGGCAAUGGUUGCCAUGCAGUUGGUGAGUCGAUUUUGAUUGCGUUGAGCCGAAUUUUAUCAUGUUUUGUGUUUCAGAUCAGGAGAAUCGAAUAUGUGCACACAAAGCAUCUAAUCUACCGUGACGUGAAGCCAGAGAACUUCUUGAUCGGUCGCUAUUCGACCCGCAAACAGCACGUCCUUCACAUCAUUGACUUUGGACUCGCCAAGGAGUACAUCGACUGCGAUACCGGUUUGUUUUUGCUCGUUCUUGAUGAUAAUCUGUUUAUGAACUCUUCCAGGAAAACACAUCGCAUACAGGGAACACAAGUCGCUGACGGGUACUGCUCGCUACAUGUCGAUCAAUACACAUCUCGGAAAGGAACAAUCGAGACGCGACGAUCUAGAGGCUCUCGGACACAUGUUCAUGUACUUCUUGAGAGGAAGUCUGCCCUGGCAGGGAUUGAAGGCCGACACUUUGAAGGAAAGAUAUCAGAAGAUCGGGGACACGAAACGGCAAACGGCUGUCGAGGUCCUCUGUGAGGGAUUCCCCGACGAGUUUGCCCAAUACUUGCGUUACGCCAGACGUCUCGACUUCUUCGAGACCCCAGACUACGACUUCUGCUAUAAUCUGUUCAAGGCGGUGCUCGACCGACUAGGCGCCACGUAUGACUACGAGUUCGAUUGGACGCCAAAGUUGAACAAUGUGGUUAGUGCUCCAAAAAUUUUGCAUUUUUCAAAUUUUCUUUCCAGUCGACGCCAUCUGGAUCAUUACACACAUCGGAAUCGAAGGAUGUGAAAAGAACUGGUAAGAGUAAAUACGUGAAAACAAAUUCAUUGUAGUUAACAACCUUGCAGAUCGCGGAGAGUUGAAGGUCAGCCAGACUGCCGCCCACGCACAGUUUGGAUCUACUCAGGUGAGCGUUUCGGUCUCAAUAUUUUAUAUUUGUUCACCAAAACGUUUUCUAGGUGAUAAACUCGAAUGCGGGAGAAGCCGUCGAGGAGGGCCGGAACACGGAAGGUCGGACGGCUGCCGGAGACAAUUUGAGUGGAGAGGUGAAGUGCUGCUGCUUCAGGAGACGUCGGAGGAAGCAGAACAACACGUCGACAAUGGUGUCGAACAAAUAA